ACCUCUGACUCUCACUGUGUCUCCCUCUCACUUGGAGAGUAAGUCAGAAACUCCCCUGAUCCUCAACACAGACUACGUUUGCAGACUGGAGCAGAAAAAACAGAAGCUCCUCCCUUUCGACACAUCUGGAACAACAGCGGAGAGGAACGUACCAACACUCUGCUUGAGUAUAGUAACACAGGAGCUGGCAGUAAAAGUUUGAUUCAGGACUGCCUUUUUUCUUGCAUACUUAAAGCUACUGCAUCUAGCUGUGGACAGCUGGUUUCCUGAACAGACCACACCACUGCGUUAACGCUAUUUUUACCUCUGAAACGUCUUCCUGCCCUUCAUCACUGACCGACAGCACCUAUUCAUAGCAGGAUGCCACUGGGUGGAGGAAACAAGUGUGGCCGCUGUUCAAAGACGGUUUACUUUGCAGAAGAGUGUCUCUGUGAUGGGCGGAGCUUCCACAAGUCCUGCUUCCUGUGCAUGGUGUGUGGGAAGAAUUUGGACAGCACAACUGUUGCUGUUCGUAUGGAUGAAAUCUAUUGCAAAGCAUGCUAUGGUAAGAAGUAUGGGCCAAAAGGCUACGGGUAUGGCCAGGGAGCAGGAAUCCUCAGCAUGGACAAAGGAGAGUCCCUGGGAAUUAAACAUGAAGCACCUGCUCCCCAUUGUCCUACCACCAACCCAAACCCCUCUAAGCUAGCUCAGAAGUUUGGAGGAUCAGACAAGUGCCCUCGCUGUGGCAAGGCUGUCUAUGCCGCUGAGAAAGUGAUUGGAGCAGGGAGUGCAUGGCAUAAGACUGGAUGUUUUACAUGUGCCACAUGUGGGAAGAGCCUUGAAUCAACCACACUAGCUGAUAAGGAUGGAGAAAUCUACUGCAAAGGUUGUUACGGCAAAAACUUUGGUCCCAAGGGAUUUGGGUAUGGACUUGGAGCCGGGGCGCUGGCGCACACUCAGUAGGAAUCCGUGAAUCUUCAGCAGCAGAUUUCCAGAUUACUGCGGCUUCUCCUGCAAGGAGCAGGCAACCUAUAUCUAUAGACCCGCUUUAUAGGAAGCUGCUUUUAUAAACUACCGUUGAAAAGCUUCAUAAUCCCAUAGGCCAUAGGUGAAUACUAUCGCUGUUACCACAGUCAGUGUUGCCACAUAUGCACAUUUAAUACACAUUAAUAUCGAUGUAAAACUGCAUUGGUCAUUUACACUCUGCUCAAAAUGAACUUGAUCGUCCUCUUGUUGCAGUAUUGUAGUUUUUCUUCUCUCAAUACUUCAGUCUCGGGUAUCAUAAGAUACACAACUGUCUAUGUAACAGCAGAUUGUCCGUGUUUAAGGUGUGCUUUCAGCAUGAUCAUAAAUAAAAUGCAGAGAAAAUUGA